AUGAUAAAGAAGCGCGUGUCGAAGAUUGAGCACACAUUAGAAGGGGUCUCUAUCAUGUGCGCAGACGAUACUGUGUAUGAAGGUGACGUCGUUGUAGGUGCAGAUGGGGUUCAUAGUAUUGUUCGCAAUGAGAUGUGGCGCCACAUGGAACUUUUCAAGCCUGGUCUACUCCCAGCCUCAGAAAAGACCUUGAUGUAUGCCGAAUACAAAUGCAUGUUCGGAGUAUCGAAGCCAGUUGAGGGGUUGGAACACGGCCCAUUCAAUCAGGUCUUGGGCAAAGAUCUAUCAUUUUUACACAGUCUGGACAAAUCAGGACGCGUGUUCUGGUUUGUUUUUGAGAAGAUGGAUAAGAAGUGGCAUGUGCCAGAUGUGCCGAGUUAUUCUGACGAGGAUGCUUUGGCUCUGGCGAAACGAUGUAUGUCAGUCUACGUGACGGAUAAAGUAUCGUUUGCAGAUCUGUGGCGGAAUCGACUGGACUUUAAACUUGUGCCUUUGGAAGAAGGUUGGUAUGAGCAUUGGACAUGGGGUCGAUUUGUAUGCAUCGGAGAUUCUAUUCACAAGUGGACUCCAAACAUUGGCCAAGGUGGAAAUAGUGCCAUUGAAAGCGCUGCAACUCUUGCAAACAUCCUAACUGAGCUUGCUUCAGCAGCGUUGUAUCGCAACUACACAGACGUCGCAACGAAACUUGCUACGAUCUCUCAACGUCGAAAGGCAAGAACCAAAGCAACUUUCGAAAUCGCCCACCUCGUUACGAGGCUCGAGGCGCUGAAAGGUUCGCUUGAAAAUUUUCUUGUCUUCUACGUUAUGCCCUUGACAGGAGAUUGGGUAGCAAAUCAGGUGGCCAUGAACAUAGUUGGCUCCGAAAAGCUGAACUAUCUGCCAGAUCCCUCCAGAUCCUUCUCCGGAACAAUGGCCUUUAAUCAGAGAUAUGGUCCUGGUACAACGAUAAAUCUAUCGAGAAGAAUCCUUGUUGCGUUGCCUCUCUUGCUUAUGGCAUAUUCAUCCCAGGCCAUGUUCUCGGCAAUGUUCUUAGGAUUUACAAGUCCGGCCCAACUCGAAAGGUCACUCACCCACGGCCCGUUAGGACUUAACAUUACAUACUGGGGCUUUACCGUGCCGCAGUAUUCAACAGCACCCGUUACAAUUCUCUCACCAGCUCUGCUGAGCAUCGACAAAUUGCAGCGAUACCAUGGAAUUCUUUUAUUCGUUGAGUUUGUUCCCUUAUGGCUUAUAUGGAUCCUAGAGAGUCACCGUCGCGCAAACAGGCUCAAGCUUUUUACGGUACCGGCUUUAUUUGGAAUUGCCUUUCAACUUUGGGGUAUCGGAGUGGUGGGACCUGUCUGGUUCUUUUUACAUUAUGUCCAAAGUCCACUUGCUGAUUAUGCAGCGCUCGACUGGCGGAUGGUGAACGUUGCUGCCGCUAGAACAGCCCUCGUAGCAGUCAUUUUGGGUUUGUCAGUCCCAAUAUUCGUGAUGUACCUCUUACCGGGCCAUCAUCAACCUCAGGUCGUCGAUUUUCUAUGUCAAUCUUUCCCCCUUGUUACGAUCGUGCUUCAUCUACUUCUCCGCAAGUUUGCAGUCAAAGACACGACAAAAUACGACCGAAUAUACAACGUCGAAGCCGAUCUAGUGCCAAUCCGUCAGUCGGUGAGUGUACUGGCAGCUUUUGCAUCAGUCGCAUCGGUCGCCACUCGAGUGCGUACGAAUAUGGCGAUGGGGCAGAAUUUCGUUCAUCAAGGUAUCCGUGCCGUGCAACUACUGUCCUCACAGAAUGUUGGCAAUGAUCUCGGCUCUGGUAUGGUUCUCUUCAUACAGCUUAAUGGGUUCUCGUGUUUUACUGCCGCUUUCUUGUGGUUGAUUUACCUUAUCAGUGAUCUAAAGUCUGCAGACAUGACUGCAGUACCAUGGUCUAUUUUGGCUUUGUGCUGGAUGCUUGGAACAAUCACACUUGGUCCUGGAGCGACAACAGUGCUUACGUGGCUCUGGCGGGAGAACUUGCUUGCAAGGAAGAAAGCAAAAGGUGCAGCACUACCACCUAUUGCAACGGACUCUGUCUCGUCCACCGAGACCAUAUACAAGUAG